ACACUUCCCCAUGUGCUGGGAGGAAGAGCCUGCUGCACUCACAACUGGAGGACAGCAGUAGGUCAGGGCCUUCUGUGCCAAUCUCAGAGCCUGUCACUGAUUCUACAGGAAAGCAUAAUACUUUCCAGGUCCAUCCAUGCUGUUGCAACAGGUAAGCAUGGGAGGACGGAAGAUGGCAAGAGAUGAAGAAAGUGCCUAUGGUUCCAAAGACACCACACAGGCCCUGCAGGAGCCCGGGCUGAGGCUCAUCCUGGUGGGGAAGACAGGGGCUGGGAAGAGCGCCACCGGGAACAGCAUCCUGGGCCACAGGCGGUUCCUCUCCAGACUCGCAGCCACUUCGGUGACCAGAACCUGCGAGGUGGGGAGCUUCAAGUGGGACAGGUGGCACGUGGAAGUCAUGGACACCCCAGACCUUUUUAGCUCCCUAGUCCCCAAGACAGACCCGGGGUGCCAGGAGCGAGCCCGCUGCUACCUGCUGUCGGCUCCUGGGCCUCACGCGCUGCUCCUAGUGACUCAGCUGGGCCGCUUCACUGCGCAGGACCAGCAGGCCGUGAGUGCGCUCAAGGACCUUUUUGGAGACAACGUGGUGAAGCGCACCAUCUUGCUGUUUACGCGCAAGGAGGACCUGGCCGGCGGCUCCCUGCAGGAGUACGUACGCGACACGGACAACCGUGCCCUGCGGGCUCUGGUGGCCCAGUGCGGGGGCCGCGUGUGCGCCUUCGACAACCGGGCAAUGGGUGGGGAACUGGAGGACCAGGUGCAGGAGCUGCUAGUGCUGGUAGAGCGCCUGGUGCGGGACCACGCGGGUGUUCCCUACUCCAACGAUGUGUAUCGCCUGUUGCAGGAGCUGGCCUUCUCCAGCCCCGAGGAGAAGCUGAGAAGGGUGGCAGAGAGGCUGGCAAGCCCCGUGCAGAGGCGACAAGGGCGCGGGCUGCUGGGCCGGCUGUGUGGGUGGGUGAAGGCUUCAAAGUUGCGCACAGCCAUGCUUCUGGGCGUCCUGUUCCUGCUUUGUGUAGUGCUCUCCAGACGCUGGUCUCAGGCCGUGGACGAGGUCCGUCCUGAGUGACAGAGUGGAUAUAAGUAGGACUUGGAACCAUCACCUGACAAUCACACUCUUCCCUGGUGUCUGUGCGUCCAGGGCCCGCAGGCUUUCCUUGUGUCCCUCACUGGCAGUAAUCUAUCAACCCAAAGACAAAAAUCCUGCCCGCUCCCAUCUCCCCUCAAACCUGCCCCUAGGACCUGGCCCUCCCUGAGCUCUUCUUACUGGAGCCCAACAAGUAUUGCUCUUGCCUGUUUUCCACUGACCUCAGGCUGCUGUCCCAGGUCCUGGAAUCAUCCCUGGUCUCCUCAGAGGACCAAGGGCCAGAACCAACACAAAGCCUCAGUCCAGACCCAUUUAUUUCAAUUGAAUCUGAAUUGCAUGAAUAAAGCCUUGGACAUUCA